AUGGACCGGGAAUCUUUUCUGAAAGAUCAACUAGAAGCUGUUCAAAAGGCGUUGACGAAGUACGAAAUGCCUCUUAAGCCGAAACACGCUCGUAGACUUAUCCUUGGAACUCAUCGAGAAAAAAUGCCGGUAUUUUUAUUGGAAUUACAUUUUCUAAUCUCUAGUCUAGCCGUUUUCUGGAAUGCAGUAAACCGAAUGCAAUUGGAGAAGAAUCCUGUAAUUUCUUGGAAGUUUUGUCACUUGCUGCAUAAGCUUUUGAGAGAUGGACACCGGAAAGUUCCAGAAGAUUCAUAUAGGUUUAUGAAGCGAGUCGGUAUGCUUUCACAGUUUUGGAAACAUUUGCCUGGCUAUGGCGGUUGCAUUGAACAAUAUUGCAAAUUACUUGUGGAACGACUGGAGUUUCAUAAAAGAAAUCCCAUCGUGCCCGGAAGCCUUCAGCUGCCAGAAAAUCAAAUUACGGCGUUGGAUUUGGAUUCUUCUUUUGCUCUGUCUAUUGAAAUGUUAGAUCAAAUGGAUAAUUUGCUGGAACUACAGAAUCGAGUGUUUGACAAUCUCGAAGCAUUACGUUGGUCUUCACUUGUUCCACAAGGGCAAUGUUUGUUAGCUCCGUUGAUUCUCUGCAUUUUGGAUACAUCAAAGCUGUACGAUUACCUUGUGAAGAUAAUUUUUAAAUUACAUGCGCAAAUACCAGCCGAUGCGUUGAUUGGACAUAGGGAUCGAUUCAAGGAUAUCUUUCGAAGGACCAAAAAGUUCUACGAGGAGUCAUCAAAUCUGCAGUACUUUAAAUACCUUGUCUCGAUUCCGACGCUUCCAAAUGCACCUCCAAACUUCUUAAGUGCCAGUGAUUUGGAUUCUUACAGAACACCACAUGCUUAUCUUCAUGGGGAAGGCAGCGAAGGAGACGACAGGUCUGUCGCAGAAGUGACUGAGGAGUCGUUGGUAGAUCUUUACGAGGAAAGCGCGCACAUUCAAUCGCAGCCAUCACCUACACCAACAGUUUCAGAAAGAGAUGAACAAAUGCUAGGAUUACAACGAGCAUUGGAAGAUGAACGUUUUGCAAAAGAACGGUUGAUUGCUGAAGCUAGAUCACGAAUUGAACAAUAUGAAAAUCGGUUAGCACAAAUCCAAGGAGACUUUGAACAUGCUAGGCGAGAAGCUGAUGAAAACAAAGAAGAACUGGAUCGAGUGAAAGCAGAACUGAUGACACGGGACACGCAACGUGCGUUGAGCGAAGACGCACGAGUUCGGGAAAUUGAGGGCAGAACAGUGCUUGCUGAAGAUCGAUUUGCUAAGAUGAAAGCUGUCUAUGAGCGUUUCCGAGCAGAGCAUGUUACGGCUCUGCAAAAGCUCAGUGAGUUGCAGAAACAGCUAGAAACAAGCGAAAAGGACAGAAUGGACAAGGAGCAAGAACUAAGAGAACUGCGGAGAAAUCUUGAAAGUGCGGAAAAACAACAAAGUGCUCUCGACGACUCUCGUUUUUUGGCUGAUGAUCUUCGUUCUCAACUAGCAAAGGCCGAUCUUCAAAUGGAACAACUACAAAAAGAAUUAUCGGAAACACAGCGCGAAAACUUGAAGAAAUUAGAAGACCAGCGGAAGUCGGCUUUACAGCUUUGUGUUGUUGGCAUAAAGAAGAUGCUGGAGAAGGGCCUCGAGGAUAUAAACAAUGCCACUACGAUAACAUUCCCUCCACAUUUGGCAUUGGCUGAUUUAAGCCACUGCAGAGGUGUUCUGGAAAGUUUGACGAACCAGGGAAAUCUAGAAGCCCUGACUUUUUCGGGUCAUUGUGUCUCGACCGCUGUUGUAAACUGCGCAUCUGCAGCUUAUACCGCUUCCAUUCAACACUUCGAUCAUAUUAAUGAGCUAUGCAAAGAAAUCCUUUCUGUUUCUCUCAAUGCUUAUCAGAAUUGGAACUUUUUUGAGUUAAAGAGUUUGAUUGAUAAACUACUCGGCGCUAUCACAAACUUACCGGUUCAAAAUGAUGUCGAUAAAGAAAAGGUUGGUAGUGAAGUGGACCUUGAAAUGCGACGGAUGGAUGAAGCAAUUCGAUUGGCUGUAGAGAAAAUAGAAGAAAUCCAAAGAAGAGCCCGUCAAAGUUCGGAUGGCAUAAGGCUGGAAGUCAACGAAGCUAUUUUGGGAUGUUGCCAGCAAUUAAUGAAUGCAAUCAUGAUUCUAGUAUCACGAAGCCGCGAAUUGCAAGAAGAAAUUGUUGCCGCGGGCAGGGGUGGAGCUAGUCCAGCAGAGUUCUAUAAACGCAAUCAUCAAUGGACUGAGGGUUUGCUUUCUGCCGCGAAAGCUGUUGGGGUUGCUGCUCGAGUACUUGUCACGGCAGCCGAUGAGGCGGUUGCUGGCACGGGGAAAUUUGAGUCGUUAAUCGUGGCCGCUCAGGAAAUUGCCGCUUCAACGGCGCAACUUUUUGUUUCAAGCCGAGUAAAAGCAGACCGUGAUUCAAACAGGCUAAGUGCGUUGUCGGUGGCAUCAAGGAAUGUUAAUCAAUCAACGGCGCAGGUUGUUGCGAGUGUGAAAAACGCUCAAGCUACUCUUAACGACAAAGAUGUUCUUGAUUUCUCCCACCUUUCUCUUCAUGAAGCAAAGAAAGAAGAGAUGGAAUCACAAGUGAAAAUGCUUGAACUGGAGCAAGAAUUAACGCGAGAAAGGGCACGCUUGGCUGAGCUUCGAAAAGCCCACUAUCACAUGGCUCAAAUUGGGAAAACCAACCACUUCUGGUCGCUGGUGUUAACAAUGAUGCAAUGUAUGGGGAUGGCGCAGAACUUUUUGGAGCAUUCACAAGGUUAUGAUGAAGAAAGUGCUCCUGUGAGACCUUCAGGAGCUACAGUAACCUGUCGCGUCUGUGACGCCGGAAUUGAUCUUGAAGGGAAACAUAAUCAACAUGUCGUGAAGUGCACUCAUUGUCAAGAGGCAACGCCCAUUCGUCCUGCACCACCAGGCAAAAAAUAUGUCCGUUGCCCCUGCAAUUGUUUGCUGAUUUGCAAAGCUUCAUCAACGAGAAUCGCUUGUCCACGACAGAAUUGUCGGCGAGUCAUCACGCUUGCCAAUGCUACUCCAACUGGAAUGGCUACCAGGGCUCCAGCAGGAUCUUGUCGCGUAACCUGUGCGCAUUGUCAAGAGGUAUUCUUGUUCAAUACCCUCAACAAUUCGCUAGCCACUUGUCCUCAUUGUAAGAAGAGUUCCUCGGUCGGUGCAGCCUUUGCACGAACGCGUGCCAUUUUUUAUCUCGUCUUUGCUUUACUAGCACUGAUCGGAUGCGUUCUUCUCACUGUAUUUACAUCGGAGAAGGCGCACCAAUGGGUCUUCCUCUAUGCUUUUUGGCUGGUCAGUUAUGUUGGAGCUGGAUAUCUUUUUUACAGAUUCAUGUUCUAUCUUCUAGUGAAGAUUAUAAAUAUGGUUUGCAUCUUGGGUAUUGAAGGUUCUGCCAACAAAGUUGGGGUUGGUAUCAUUCGGGAUGGAGAAGUUCUUGCAAAUCCCCGUGAAACAUUUAUUGCGCCACUCGGAGAAGGAUUUCGCCCGAGCGAAACAGCCCAGCAUCAUCGGCAAAAAAUAGUUCAACUAGUGAUUAAAGCUCUACACGAAGCAGGAAUUCAAGACCCGGAAAAAAUGUUAGAUGGUAUUGCUCAUACAAAAGGGCCUGGAAUGAAUGCACCUCUACAAGUUUGCGCUGUAGUUGCUCGAACUAUUGCACUUUCUUGGAAUUUGCCUAUUAUUCCAGUCAAUCAUUGUAUUGGUCAUAUUGAAAUGGGUCGGCUUAUUACGGGUGCAGACAACCCAGUUGUGCUUUAUGUAUCGGGUGGAAAUACGCAGGUGAUUUCAUAUUCUGCUCAGAAAUAUCGCAUUUUUGGUGAGACGAUUGACCUGGCGGUCGGAAAUUGUUUGGAUAGAUUUGCUCGAACCAUUCGGCUUUCCAAUGAUCCUAGUCCUGGAUAUAAUAUUGAACAAGCUGCUAAAAAAGGAAAAAAAAUUCUUGCAAAUUCCUUAUACAAUCAAGGGGAUGGAUGGCUUGAAGCAUUACGAAAUGGAUUGUAUACAAAAGAAGAUUUAUGUUUCUCUCUACAGGAAACAAUUUUUUCAAUGUUGAUAGAGAUCACCGAAAGGGCAAUGGCACACACAGGAAGUAAAGAGUUGUUGCUUGUUGGUGGAGUUGCAUGUAAUUUACGGUUGCAGGAAAUGGCACGAAUAAUGUGUGAAGAGCGUAGAGCGAAGAUUUUUGCAACUGAUGAACGCUUUUGCAUCGACAAUGGGGCAAUGAUCGCACAGGCUGCGUAUCUGAUGUUCAACGCUGGAUUACAAUCAACGGUAGAUAAGACGACUACCACACAACGAUAUCGAACAGAUCAAGUGAAUGUUGUUUGGAGA